UCUUGAUUCGAGUAUUUUCGUCAUUCGGCCAAUAUACUUAAGUGUGAGUGAGUCUAAUGUUCAGUUUCUCUACUUAUCUUAACAAACUUACAAGUUUUUUCAUGAACAGGUCCUUGAAUGUUAAUAAAACUAUGUUUAAAAAAUUAGGCAACUCAAGUUUUAAAUAUUUUGCAACUAAUGCAUCAAAAACAGAAGCUCAAGGUGUCGAAGUAAGAAUUCCAGUGCCAUGGGGCCACCUUGCUGGCAAAUGGUGGGGCCCUAAGGACAGAACACCAAUUUUAACCUUACAUGGAUGGCAGGAUAACUGUGGAUCUUUCAACGCAUUAAUCGAACUUCUGCCAAAACAUUUAAGUUUUCUCGCAAUAGACUUCCCAGGUCAUGGAUUCAGCUCAAAACUGCCACCAGGGUUUUUCUAUCACCAUUUAAAUGCUGUGAUUCUUGUAAGACGUCUGCAAUCGUUUUUUAACUUGGACAAAAUCAGUCUAAUGGGUCAUUCUCUUGGAGCAAUCACAAGUUAUACCUAUGGUGGACUAUAUCCUCAAUCAAUAAACUUUGCUAUUUGUAUUGAUGGCCUGCAAUGUCCAAUAAAUCAAAAGAAAUUAGGCAGAGUAAUUGAAAGUCUCGAUGGGUUCUUUAAAUAUGAUGCACAAGUCAAUAAGAUUUUCUCUAACAAAGUGGAGCCACCUGCUUAUUCAAUUGAUACUAUGGUUGAAAUGAUGCACAAGGGAACAAGAGGAUCUAUUGAUAAAGAUAAAUGCAAGUACAUCAUCACAAGGAAUGUGAAAGAAUCGAAUUCCAAGCCGGGUUUAUUUUAUUUUGACCGUGAUCCUAGAGUAAAGUCGGGCCCGUUUAUGAAUUGGCCGAUGGAUGAGAUGUUGGAGCAUGCACAGAGGAUUAAUUUUCCGAUUUUGUCGACGAUGGCAGAAUCCUCUCAUGUUAUGAGAAAUCAUGGUGUUUUUGAUAUUGUGAAGGAUCAUAUAUUGAAAGUGAAUUCUUUGGCAGAAUUUCAUGAUAUGAAAGGUACACAUCAUGGACAUUUGAACAAUCCGGAAAACUAUGCUCCUAUUAUUUGGAAAUUCAUAGAGAAAUAUGAUAAGGCAGAGAAAAAAAUAGAUCUGAAGUACUUUGAACAGAUUAAAUAUGAGGAAUGAAUAAUGUUAAUUUCUUAUUUUAAUAUAGCGAUAAAGCUUGAUAAUGUGAUAUAAGUUGCCUAUCUUAAAAACUAGAAUUUAAGUACAAAACACGAGGCACGAAGUACAAAAAUUGGUUGUAAUAUAAAUAAAAACCUAUAAUACAUAACAA